UGGAAUGCUUUUUAUUCUAUUUAUACAAUGAUUUGAUCGGCACUUUAUCUUAUCAUUACGAUCCUUGGCCCUUCUUUACACAGGCGGAAUGAAACAAACACCUCAACAACAGCUCAUUAGUGUCUGUUGCUAGGCAACUCCCCUGCUAGUCGAUCGUUUUGGUAUAAACCUGAUUAAUCUUGCGCCCGUAUGCGUACAUACGUGAGGGUAAACAAAUUUCGAAAGGAAGUUUAACGCCGACCACUCCAAUUGGUUCACUGCCCAAAACUGACCUCGUCAAUCCUUUGGAGCGUUCAUGUUAAGUCGAAAACUCCAGCUGAUGUAAUAAUGAGUAAGGAUUUGUUGUGCUUUGGACAGAUGUUUGGGGGACAAUGCUAGUAUGUGCGAGUACGAAGGUAUAUAAAGUCAAACACUACAGUCAAAAUGCAUCAUUCCAAAACGAUCCAGCUUUCUUGCAAGUCCAAAAAUGUUCCGUUUCGUGUUCGCUGCUACCCUGCUCGUGGCCACCGUUGUGGCGGGACCGCUCGAUCGGCCCUACUCGCAACACCAAAACCCGGACGCUCAUGCCCAGAUUGUAGCGUACGAGAAUGUGCUGAAGGACGAUGGUCACUACAGCUAUAGCUACGAGACGAGCAACGGUAUCGCUGCCCACGAGGAAGGUCUCGGAGCUCACAGUGCCAACGGUGCCUUCUCUUACACCGGACCGGAUGGUGUGCAGUACCGUGUUGUGUACGUAGCCGACGAGAACGGAUUCCAGCCCCAGGGUUCUCAUCUGCCGACGCCGCCACCCACUCCCGAGCACGUGUUCAAGACGCUCGAGCAGAUCCGUGCCAACCCGCCCAAGGACCAGAAGGACUUCAGUCUGGAAGCGCUCGAUGCCACCAUCGCUCGGCUGCGACAGUACUAAAGUGCUGGAGUGCUGGAUCGGAACUGGAUCAUACCCUUCUCAGGAUGGAAAUCACUAGCCAACGCUCAUCUCAUCGGACGUCCUGUGUGUGUUAGGACAUGCAUCAAUCACUUCACUUUGCCAUUUCGCCCAUUCACCACGCAGUAGGAUUAAGUAGAAAAAUUAAAUUUCGUUGUUGAAUUUGUUUGUUAUCCCCAAUCGGAAAUGAAAUAAAACCGGUGUGAAAUAUUAGUAGCGGGGCUGUUGAGUACCUCAUUCUCGAACCAACGAUCGAAUCGAUCAAUGCUCUCUCAAAACCACAAGUUCAGGAGAAAGUGAUCCCCACUCGAAUUGAUGGAUCAGUUCCACCAUAUUUUAUUCCUGCAACGCAACCAGCUGAGAGCAACCAAUCUCGCGAGAAAUGAGAAAUAAAAUGAGCUUGGAUGCUGACAGCACCCUUAUUUAUCUGGAGAGAGAUUUAAGCUCUCGUCUAUUGUGUAUGAAGGCAACAAUGGUUUGGGGGUGUUGUGUAGUGGAUGUUUUGAUAUUAAAACUUUACUUUCUAUUGUUCAUACGGCUCGUUGGUCUAGGGGUA